AUGUGGAGGCGUCGAACCCCCCCCCCCAAAAAAAAAAAGGCAGGCGUCGGAAACCCCAAAGAAAAGGCAGGCGACGGAAGCCUCAAGGAAAAGGCAGGCGUCGGAAACCCCAAAGCAAAGGCAGGCGACGGAAGCCUCAAGGAAAAGGCAGGCGUCGGAAACCCCAAAGAAAAGGCAGACGCCGGAAACCCCGAAGAAAAGGCAGGCGCCGGAAACCCCAAAGAAAAGGCAGGCGUCGGAAACCUCAAAGAAAAGGCAGGCGAUGGAAACCCCAAAGAAAAGGCAGGCGACGGAAACUCCAAAGAAAAGGCAGGCGACGGAAACCCCAAAGAAAAGGCAGGUGACGGAAACCCCAAAGAAAAGGCAGGCGACGGAAACCCCAAAGAAAAGGCAGGUGACAGAAACCCCAAAGAAAAGGCAAGCGACGGAAACCCCAAAGAAAAGGCAGGCGACGGAAACCUCAAAGAAAAGGCAGGCGUCGGAAACCCCAAAGAAAAGGCAGGCGCCGGAAACCUCAAUGAAAAGGCAGGCGUCGGAAACCUCGAAGAAAAGGCAGACGCCGGAAACCCCAAAGAAAAGGCAGGCGCCGGAAACCCCAAAGAAAAGGCAGGCGUCGGAAACCUCAAAGCAAAGGCAGACGCCGGAAACCCCAAAGAAAAGGCAGGCGACGGAAACCCCAAAGAAAAGGCAGGCGCCGGAAACCACAAAGAAAAGGCAGGCGUCAGAAACCUCAAAGAAAAGGCAGGCGACGGAAACCCCAGAGAAAAGGCAGGCGACGGAAACCACAAAGAAAGGGUAGACGCCGGAAACCUUAAAGAAAAGGCAGGCGUCGGAAACCUCAAAGAAAAAGCAGGCGACGGAAGUCUCAAAGAAAAAGCAGGCGACGGAAACCCCAAAACAAAGGCAGGCAACGGAAACCCCAAAGAAAAGGCAGGCGAAGGGAACCUUAAAGAAAAGGCAGGCGCCGGAAACCCCAAAGAAAAGGCAGGCGUCGGAAACCUCAAAGAAAAGGCAGGCGUCGGAAACCUCAAAGAAAAGGCAGGCGACGGAAACCCCAGAGAAAAGGCAGGCGACGAAAACCACAAAGAAGGGGUAGACGCCGGAAACCUUAAAGAAAAGGCAGGCGUCGGAAACCUCAAAGAAAAGGCAGGCGACGGAAGUCUCAAAGAAAAAGCAAGCGACGGAAACCCCAAAACAAAGGCAGGCGACGGAAACCCCAAAGAAAAGGCAGGCGAAGGAAACCUUAAAGAAAAGGCAGGCGUCGGAAACCUCAAAGAAAAGGCAGGCGUCGGAAACCUCAAAGAAAAGGCAGGCGACGGAAACCUUAAAGAAAAGGCAGGCGUCGGACACCUCAAAAAAGGCGUCGGAAACCACAAAGAAAAGGCAGGCGUCGGAAACCCCAAAGAAAAACCAGGCGACGGAAACCACAAUGAAAAGGCAAGCGACGGAAACCUCAAAGAAAAGGCAGGCGUCGGAAACCUCAAAGAAAAGGCAGGCGACGGAAACCCCAAAGAAAAGGCAGGCGUCGGAAACCCCAAAGAAAAGGCAGGCGUCGGAAACCUCGAAGAAAAGCCAGGCGUCGGAAACCCUAAAGAAAAGGCAGGCGUCGGAAACCUCAAGGAAAAGGCAGGCGUCGGAAACCUAAAAAAAAAGGCAGGCGACGGAAACCUCAAAGAAAAGGCAGACGCCGGAAACCCCAAAGAAAAGGCAGGCGACGGAAACCUUAAAGAAAAGGCAGGCGACGGAAACCUCAAAGAAAAGGCAGGCGACGGAAACCUCAAAGAAAAGGCAGGCGUCGGAAACCUCAAAGAAAAGGCAGGCGACGGAAACCCCAAAGAAAAGGCAGGCGACGGAAACCCCAAAGAAAAGGCAGGGAGUUAUCGCCCCAAUUACUCCAAUAAGAGCGAUAAAUCCCAUGGCGACCAUGCCUUUAGGGCCAAGAGCCUGUAA